AUGGAUGAUCCACGAUCACACAAUACAAUUCAAUGCUAUAACGAACAAAAUUCAACACGCAAGAGGCUGGCACAACUCGCCGAGGGCUACCGCGAGUUCCACGAGCAGGUGGCCAUGCGGUUCUCUAUGGAGCCCAGCGCAGAUAUCGCAGUCGAGCAUGCCACGCUGACGGAGUCGAUAGGCCAACGGAACGCGGUCCUUUCCCCGAUCCUGAAAAAGUUCUUUGAUUCGCGGCCCGAUCCGUUCCCCACAGAAUGUGACGUGGCCGCUGAGGUCGAAGACCACGGUACAACUUCUGGGUCAGCAGGCUGGAGAAUCAGGGUCGAUAUCGACGAGCUCAGUAGUGAUCUCCUGGUCCGCCUAGAAGUCAGUAUGAUGGGCGAAGAGCUCAAGGACAUCGCGUGGCAUCUGUUUCGUGAAAGCCCCCUAUCGUUCUUUGCGUAA